AGCAGACGCAUCAGAGAUCGAAUUGAUGGUCUUGAAGAUCUUGGUAUCGUCCGCGAAUAUAGCAAUCCUUGAAUUGAAUGGACCGAGGAUGGACCCCUGCGGCACUCCUGAUGUUACUGGAAGCGGCCUCGACGUUGCUCCAAGAACGGUCGUUUGUUGA